CGAUUUGAUCUUAGUAUGCGACGAUAUCCUGCAACAAUGCUCUCCACCGGCAAUAACACCCUUCCCCAUAGUUGCUAUUGAUUGCUAUCAUCCGCCUAUAGAGCUAUGCCUGCCGAACGGCUUAGCCAAAGCAGAACAUCACACAACAUCACAUCAAGAAUCAGGCAUGCUCGACUACAGUCGCACAAACUUUUUGAUUCUAAAUGAUCUACUGCAAUCCUCUGACUGGUCAUUCCUUGAUGGAAACCCGGACGUAAACCAUGCACUCGAUAUGUUCAAUCGGAAAUUUACGGAACAUUUAUCUGCCUGUUGCCCUAUAAAACGUCCACGACAGGGUCCACCGUGGGGUAAUGCUCAAUUACGCCGUUUAAAACGAAACAAAUCUUCCUGCUAUCGGUUUUACCAAAACAGUGGAACACAACAAUCGAGAUUGCGGUUCAUCGCUGCACACAAUGUUUAUAGAAGCUAUAAUAGACAACUACACUCUCGUUUUUUGAUUCGUAUACAGUUCAGCUUAAGAAGAAAACCGAAAAAAUUUUGGAGGUAUGUCGACACAAAACGGAAAAACAGCUCCCUGCCAGCUAUAGUUUCCUUUAAUGGAACAACUUCGUGUACCAAAGAGGAAACCUGCAAUUUAUUUGCCGAUCGUUUCAUGAGUUCGUUUGCCACUGAAGCUCCUGGCUUCUCAUUGGAUGCUGCUCUCAACAACGUGCCCUCCGACGCUGUCGAUGUUAAUGUGCGUGACAUAAACAUCUCCAGAGAUUCUGUGCUAAAGGCGCUCAAGCAGGUCAAACCAUCCUACAACCCUGGACCUGAUGGUAUUCCAACAGCAGUUCUUGUCAAAUGCAGCGAAGUUUUGGCCGGACCUCUGGCUCGUAUCUUCACACUCUCUCUCAAUCAGCGUAUGUUUCCAGCAGCAUGGAAAUCGUCCUACAUGUUUCCUGUGCAUAAAAAGGGGGAUAAGAGCUUAGUGGAAAACUACCGUGGCAUUACUACUUUGCCUGCAGGUGCUAAGGUUUUUGAAGUCGUCGUCCAGAACUCGCUCUUGAACUGUUGCCGCUCGCUGAUAUCAACACGCCAACACGGGUUCUUCCCUCGCCGCAGUGUGACCACCAAUUUGGUGGAGUUUGUAUCUCACUGCCAUGCUGCAUUCGCUUCGGGAGCCUAGAUGGAUGUCAUCUAUACCGACCUUAAGGCUGCCUUUGAUCGGGUGAAUCAUCGCUUGCUGUUGGCGAAGCUUGCACGUCUUGGAUUCUCUACCCCUUUAGUGGAGUGGUUCGAAUCUUACCUCACCAAUCGUCGAUAUCGCGUGAAAGUUGAAUGUAUGACAUCUAGGGAAUUCGUGAGUUGUUCAGGCGUGCCACAGGGUAGUAACCUUUGACCUUUGCUGUUUUCUCUAUUUUUCAAUGACGUUACUACUGUAGUAAGGGAAUCUGAAUGUUUAUUGUAUGCGGACGAUCUUAGACUUUUUUUUCCUGUGAGGUGUUUUGGUGAUUGUCUUGUCCUGCAAGCAUCGAUCGACUCUUUUUCCGACUGGUGUCUGAACAACGACCUACAAAUUUCUGUUGAUAAAUGUUUGUCCAUGUCGUUUCACCGUUCUAAUUGUCCAAUAGUGUUUAACUACUGUAUCUCCAGUACACAAUUACAACGACACAGUGCAGUAAAAGACUUAGGAGUUACCCUUGACCGUAAACUUGACUUUCAUGUGCACCAUAACGAAAUUAUUGAUAGAGCGAACAGAAUGCUAGGAUUUAUACGCAGGCAGUCGAGAGAAUUCUCCGACCCACAUUGUCUUGUCGCACUCUACAAAUCACUAGUCAGAUCCAUCUUAGAAUACUCCUCAGUAGUUUGGUGCCCAUCGUCGUCGUUAUGGUCGAAUAAGAUUGAGUCAGUGCAGACAAAAUUCACCCGUUUGGUCUUACGGUUCACACCCUGGCGUAACGUAGCAGCGAGACCUAGUUAUCAUGCCCGGUGUUUAAAUUUUGGACUCGAGUCUCUCGCUACUCGUCGCGAAACGGCGCAAAUCUUGUUUAUGAAAAAAAUCAUCCUAGGAGAGAUAGAUUCACCGGACCUUUUAGCUAGAGUUAAUUUCCACGUACCUGCUCGUAUUUUAAGAAACUUUAGGCUACUAAGAGUUGACCAAACUAGACGUGCAUAUAGCGAUAAUGAACCUUUGACUGCGAUGGCUAUUAGAUUUAAUGCACAUUAUGACUCUUUUGACUGGAAUUCCCUAAGUUAACCUGUUUUUCUUGCUGUGAUACUCUGUGUUAUUUAUUUUGUGCUGAUGUUACAUUAUACCGUGAUGCUUUAUGUUAUUAUAAGUUUAGUUUAUAAGAUCAGUGAUAAGGCCAAUGAUGGCCAAUCACUUAACAUUUACAAAUAAACAAAUAAACAAAUUGUGGGACAAGAACUUGAUUGGUUAAAAAAAUAUUUAGAAGGGAGAACUCGCUUUAAAAUCACAACAUCGGAAUCUCUUGAAAACUCAUUGGGAGGCUCCCCAGGAAAUGUGCUUGGUCCUAUUUUGUUUAUUAUGUAUAUGAAUGACAUGAAAAAUGUAUUAAAAUUUUGUGAUAUUAAUCUCUUUGCUGACGACACGGUGAUCUUUCUCUCUCGUAGAUCUAUAAAAGAAGCAACAAUGAAGCUAAAUGAGGAUCUGGCCUCGCUAGAUCAAUGGUUGAAGUACAAAAAAAAUGAAAUGAAAUGCAAAAAAAAACUAAAAUGUUAGUGCUGUCCCGAACCAUGACCCACUUUGACUUACAGAUCAAUAUUGAUGAUGAGGCCAUAGAGAGUUAAAGAAAUAAAAUAUCUUCGAGUCACAAUAGAUGAAGAACUGAAAUUUCAAAACCACAUUGAUAACAUCAUUAAGAAAAUGGCAAAAAAUUGCGGGGUUAAAAAAAACUUAAAUGUUUUGUAAAGAUACAGCUUUACAAGUCUCUAUGGCUCCACAUCUGGAUUUUUGUCCGUCAAUUCUUUUUAUGGCUAAUGCAGAACAAAUGACAAGAAUGCAAAAAACUGUAAAACAGAGCAAUGCGAGCUAUUCUAGCAUGCGGAUGGUAUACCUCGUCAUUGAUUAUGCUGGAUACCCUAAAAUGGAUGUCUGUGAAACAGCGGGUAAUGUACCCAACAAUGAUUUUUGUUUAUAAACUCCUGAACAGUAACUUGCCUCAAUAUCUUUGUGAUCGGUUUGUUCGAGGACCAAAUGUGCACGACUACAACACAAGAAGAGCAGCAGACCCGAGAGUUCCUAAGGUUGAGACACCUUAGCAAUGAACUCUUUGUUUUUCAAAGGCAUACAAAAUUUUAAUAUGAUGCCCAGAGUGGUUUGUAAUGCAAAGACUAUACCUCAAUUUAAGAGACUGUGUGCAACUCACAUCAAAUCCACUAUCGUAUGAAGUAUGACAGUUGUGAAAAUAGUAAGUAAGUAGAUUAAUUUAGAAAAGACGAAAUCCGCGAAAGCGUGAAUGAAAUAUACAUUGAUGUUAUACACUGACAUGUUUUAGUCAGUGUUGAGACCGACCAUGACUGCUUCAUGAAGAGGCAUAUUACGUAGCCAUUACGUUCUUGUAAUACUUACUUGCCUUAUUAUUUGAUUAUUUGCUUUAUUACUAAUUUACAACAACACAAUUAUCGAUAAGAUACAAUCGUUCCUCUCAAUACUAUAUCGGGAUAAGAGGUGGGUCUCAUCAUCAUCAUCAUCAUCAUCAUCAUCAUCAUAGAUCCUGAUGAGUGAAGCAUGUAUACCUUACGGGUACGUUCGUGGUAUAAUUCCUCUUACGUUUCCAACCAACAAUAGCCAAAGGCGUCACGUGUAAAAAAGAUUUCCUAUAAAAUUGCCUUAAGUUUUUACACAAGCAGCAAAAAUAUAAACAUUCAGCACGGCACAAACUGACCUUCACGCACAUAUUCAAAUGCUUGGAUUCCUGCUUCCGCAUACAAAUGUAUUUACCCCACCCCCCGCCCACUAUAUUUUCGGAUUUCUGGUGGUAGUAGUGACACUAUUCUAUUUGAAGUGCGCUCUUCUACAAAAGAGCUGUGUUGAAAUCUGUUGAUGAAAAUUUACCAAUAAUGAAUCAAUGUGUUUUAUAAAAAAAAACAACUAAACAAUAUUUUGCACACGUGAUUAUAGAAAUGCUUACCUUAAUAUUUAAAAACCGGACACCGUUUUCUCUCCGUAGAUCAUUUUGCGAGAUGUUGGUAAGACCAGUAGGUAGCCGUCGAUUUAUAUGCGCGUGCACGUGUAACAUUUUAGAUUACAAGGGUUAGUUGAUUGUACCUAUUGAAAUACGCACGACAACAUGAAAUUUACAAGGAUAAAUCAUUCCAUAAUUGAAGAAGGAAAACGGCACAAAACGUGGAAGAGUAGUACAGGGCACAAGAAUUCACAUAUCACUCCGGCACAACCUUCCACAGCGAAAGUUCUGGUCAGACUGAGGAUGCCCAACCGAUAUGAGGAUCGAGAGAUAUGGGUCGUCUGCGAGCAUCCAAACGUGUGGCCCAAAAUAGCCGAAGUCAAACAAAAUCAUGAAAAAGACUGCGCCCUCCGAACCUGCAAAACCGAAGCUGUUGGAAAACUUUCCUGUGUGCCAAAGCGAGAGAGCAUGUCUUUUUUCUCUAGAUUUUGGACGGCACAACGCCGAUCGUGUGGCCUAUGAACGAAAAACGGGAGAAGGGGAAACCGAUAUCCUUCGAGUGACACACACGCAUGCAUCUGCAUGCGUAUUCCGCUGAACCGAGACAACCCAUCUCUCUCGAUCUCCCAUGAUUUUUCUGCUAUCACACUCAUCCUGGUGUUAGGCAUCCUCAGUCUAACCAGAACUUUCACUGUGGAAGGAUGUGUUGGAGUGAUGUGUGAUUUUUUGUGCCCCGUAUUUUACUCGUUUACGUUUUGUGCCGUGUUCCUUCUUCGUCGAUUAUGGAAUGAUUUAUCCUUGUAAAUUUCUAAGUUACAGUGCACGCGCAUGUUAAUCGACGGUUGCCAACAUCCCGCAAAACGAUCGACGGAAGGAAAACGGUGUCCGGUUUUAAAAUAUCAAGGUAAGCGUUUCUAUAAUCCUAUGUGCAAAAUAUUGUUUAGUUUGUUUAUUUGUUAUAAAAAACAUGGAUUAAUUAUUGAUUAAUUUUCAUCAACAGAUUUCAUUACAGCUCUUUCGUAGAAGAGCGCACUUCAAGGACGCCUAGGAUACGGCUAAACAUGCGCAGCACCAGUCCGUGACGUCAUUUCCAGACAGGCGCCGGCUGAACACGCGCAGCACCAGUCGAGGAUAUCCUAGCGCAGAGGGUAGAAAGAAGAACGAGAGGAAGGGUAACAGAAAGCAACCGCAGCAUUUGGAAGGGGUGAAGCAUCCUGCCGUAUACAGAGUGUGAGUGUGCCAAAACGCAUGUGGAAAGACUAACGCCAAUAAAUAGCAUGCGAAAGUGUGCAUAAAGCAAAAAGAAAAAGCGUCACUACUACAACCAGCAAUCCGAAAAUAUAAGGGGAGGAAUAAAUACAAAUGUAUGCGUAAGCAGGACCAGCAAUCCAAGCAUUUGAAUGUGUGCGUCGGUUUGUGCCGUGCUGAAAGUUUUUACUUUAGCUGCUGCUAGUGUAAAAAUUUAAGGAAAGCUUAAAGUAAAAAUUUUUUACACGGGGCGCCUUCGGAAAUUGUUGGCUGGGGUUGUACCGUCCAAAAUCUAGAGAGAGAAGACAUGCUCUCUCGCUUUGGCACACAAGAAAGUUUUCCAAUAGAUUCGGUUUUACUGGUUGGGUUAAUGGUUAUGGAUUGGGCUGCGUGGUAAUGAAUUAUGUCUUGAAAGUCUGUAAAGGCCGGCAUGUCCGCGUUGGACGUUACGUCAAAUAGAAGAAGAAGAUAAUCGUAUGCCAUCGUCUCUGCAUUGGGGCAUGGGCAGACCCGUGGGCGUCGUCUGUACGCGGGCAUUCUGACGUGUUCCCUAUCUACCACUCCAACACAAUUAGGAAACUGCCAUGUAUCAUUCAAUGCUUUCCCAUUUUUUUCCAU